AUGCACCGUCUGCGAACUUCAGCCACCCUGUGGCAAUUGCCACGAGCAUUGACAUACCAAAUUCCGAGCCGUAACUUCACAGCUGCUGCUCGCCGUUUCGACACCACCCUCGAGCAAAACUCCAGCGACAACUUGGACCCAAUUACCACAAAAUCUGAGCCUUCCGUGUCUAUACCACAAAGCAUUGGACAUAAGGAUGAUUCUCACAACCCCCCCAGUGUAAAUAAGGGAACCGACGCGAGUGCCGCGGCCAAGGACACGGCGAGACAUCACCCCUUCUAUGUCGGCGAACAGGAAUUGUACCUUCAUCUCGGGCCGAAGAAAACACUCAAAUUGCCAUAUACCUAUCUGCGUGAUCUAUGCCAGUGUCGAGGAUGCAAGGAUGAACACUCGAAGCAGCGCUCAUUCCGGACCAGUGAUAUCCCGCCCAACAUCGCUCCAAGCCGGGUCAAUUGGGACGGAAAGACGCUGUCUAUCACUUGGGCCAGUGACAUCCUCGGGUCCGGAGAUACACACGUAUCGACUUGGGACCGGAAGUUUCUUCUAAAUCCCGUCCUAAACACUCACCGUCAGCAUAGCUUGCGGGUUACCGAGCCAGUUCCCUGGGGAAAGUCGGGAAUGGGCAGUAUGCAGCAUUGGGUAUCUUACGAGGACUACAUGAAUGACGAGUUCAAAUUUGCCUUCUCUAUGCGGCAGUUACAGCGUUUGGGCCUUAUUUUUGUGCAAGGCAUCCCCGAAUCACGCGAGAUGGUUGAAAAGAUUGCGACACGCAUGGGACCCUUGCGCAACACAUUCUACGGGUCGACAUUUGACGUGCGCACUGUUCCAGAGGCGACAAAUGUGGCAUAUACAAACCAGUUCCUUGGCUUUCACAUGGAUUUGAUGUAUAUGAAUGAGCCACCUGGAUACCAGCUCCUACACUGCUUGGAGAACUCGUGCUCCGGCGGCGAGUCGAUGUUCGGGGACACAUUCCACGCUGCGAGAAUCAUGAAAGCGAGCCACCCUAAAGAGUAUAAAAUUCUCAGCAAGCAACGUCUGGGCUACGAGUACAGACACGAGAACCACAUUUACUACAACGAGCGGCCCGUAUUUGAACAUGACCCCAAAACAGGACAUCUGAUCCAUGUCAAUUACUCGCCCCCUUUCCAAUCUCCCCUCCCAACUCCCGACGGGAGAGAUCACCAUGCUGGAUUCGUGAACAAGUUACGUGACUCCCUUUCCAAGUUCGCCGCGAUACUUGACGAUAAGGAACGCAUCUUCGAAAUGAAGCUGAACCCCGGGGAGUGUGUGAUCUUUGAUAACCGGCGGAUCCUUCAUGCCCGUCGUCAAUUCGACUCCAGUGAAGGAUCACGCUGGUUAGCAGGCGCGUAUGUGGAUACGGAUGCUCUGCUCUCUCGUUUCGCUGUCUGCAAACGGCAGCAUCCCGAUGCAUGGGCGCGCGAAGUCGAGAAAAUUCGUCUGGCAUCGGGAAUGAGGACAAGAAUGCAGUGGAGAAAAGAAUAG